UGGAUUUCACCAUAGAAAGAAAAAAAAUCAAGUUGAAAAUCAGUUGUGUUCAAAUAUAGAAAUCAACAAUUGGAAGUAAUUUGUAACAUCUUUCAAGCUGUAUUUCAUGUGGGGGCUUGUAUAUUAACUAGCCACCUAAAUUGGAAUAAAGAAAGGAGUUGAAAUCUGUGAAACACAUACUGAAAGCAGAAUACUUUAGUCACUAGGCCUCUGAUCUUCAUUCUAAGUGUUUACUUUAAAAUGACGAUAAAUUGGAAGCUGAACUGCGUCAACGAUAAAUAAAUCGAAAUAUGGAACAAGGUUUACGAUUCUGUUGGUAUUUACUUCCGACUUUAUUGGCAUGGAUAGUAAAAUAUGCAAUUCGUCUAAUUUUAUUACCGAUUUUCAUCGUAUUUAUUCUUGGUUAUGUUGUGAAAUAUUUCAAGAAAAAGUCUAAAUUGCGCAUUAAAUUAUUACGUAAAAGACAAUCAAUAACUCAAGGAAUGGAUCAUCUGAAAGAACAUCUUUCAUCCACGAAGAGCUCAUCAAAUAUUGAUUUACUAUCAGUUACAGAUCUGAAUUUAGAUACUAUCCAAGAACGUUUAGUUGAAGGCAAAUUUACACCAGUUGAAUUAUUACAUGCCUAUCAAAUUAAAGCUUUACAAUUAUAUGACUCAGGAAAUUCAGGAAUAUGUGAAUUUCUUGAUGAAGCGGAGCAGUUGGCUGUUGACGUUGCUAAAUUUAAUCGCUUACCUAAAAGUAAACAAACGUUGGUUGGUAUUCCUAUCAGUUUAAAAGAAUUAUGUUCGACCAAGGGAUAUGAUGUAACAUUUGGUUUGAUAGAACGAUGUAAUAAACCUUCACAUGAAGAUUGUUGCAUAUUGGAAGUACUUAGACAUGAAGGAGCAAUACCUUUUGUUCUGACAGCAACUUCUCAAACAGCUCUAUCUCUGAGUGGAAUAAAUCCAGUAUUUGGUGAUAUGUCUAAUCCUCAUUCAUCAGAACAUGAAACCGGCGGGAGUUCUAGCGGUGAAGGUGUACUUCUAAGUUUACGGGGAUCUCCAGUUGGAAUCGGAACAGAUUUGGCUGGAAGUAUACGAAUUCCUUCGGUGUUCUGCGGUCUUGUUGGCUUAAAACCAACAACUAAUCGUAUUAGUAGUAAAGGUGUGGGUGUGAUCGGUCAUAAAAAGUCAGUAUUAUUGAGAGUAAGUGUUGGACCAAUGGGUAGACGAGUGGAUGAUCUAGCUAAAUUAAUGCGUACACUUUUAACAACGAAAAUGUUUCAAAUGGAUCCAUAUGUGCCACCAUUACUGUUUAAUGAUAUGAUCUACGCGGGUACAGAUAAGCCGAAAUUGACAAUCGGAUAUUAUGCGACUCUAGAGGAUCCACUAAUUAUUACUAGCGUUCCAAGUGUUCGCAGAAUAGUGAAUGAAUCAGUGGACAUUCUAAGACAACGCGGUCAUAUUUUGUUACCGUUUCAUCCACCUGACAUAAAAUUGGCUUAUGAAUUAAGUAUGAAGGCGAUUUCUGUUGACACAAAAUAUAAUCUUCAAGAGGCUUUGUUUGCAGAACCACUAAAUGAACACACCAAAUUUCUCCACCUUUUAAUUAGUCUCCCACACUGGCUGAAAGUUAUGAUAGAUAAAUUAUUGAAUAUUAUCUUUGGUAGACCAGCUGCGGUUACAAGUUUCUUGGACGGUCCUAGGGGCGAAGCAAAAACAUUAAAUUUAAUCUCAGAUAUUGAGUUGUAUAGACAUGAAUUUCAAAGAGCUAUGGAAGAAGCUUGUAAUUUGGAUGCAAUCAUUUGUCCAGUUUUCCCCUUCCCAGCAUUUCCAAAGUCGGCUAAAUCGAUGUUUGUUACGCCAGCUAUUGCUUAUACAGUAUUGUUUAACUUGUUAGAUUAUCCAGCUGGAACAGUCCCAAUGGGAUAUGUGAGUAAGGAAGAUGUACAAAACUCAAAAGUGAUGGCUGAAGAAUACAAGAAAGUCGGCAAUCGAUUUCUUUCUGAGGUUAUUCAAGUACCAGGAAACAAGUGAAGGCUUACCGGUUGGUGUACAAAUUAUUGGUAAACCAUGGCAAGAAGAGCGUGUGCUAUAUGUUAUGAAAGAACUGGAGACAUCAAGAACACAGAAUAAUUAGAACCGUUAUUCUAAACCUAAUUACUUCAGUUGACUUAGCUUGACCAUAUAUUAUCGCGUUAUUGUAAAAUAUUCAUUACCGUUUAAUCUACACAGAAGUAUAAUAUUUUAAUAUGAAAAAAACUGAAUUCGGCUUUCGAAUUUUGAAAUCUAUCUACUUCUUUCAUCAAAAUAUAAAAAUUUCUAGAUAUUGUUUCAUUUUUGUUCAUGCAGUAUUCUAAACAGAUUCGUUGGAACAGUAGCAAAUUAUUAGUUGAAAUCGAAAUGUGAAUUCAUUAUUAACUAAAAAAAUAGCAAUUUAUGUGCGAUUUUCAUUUCUUUUAAGUACUAGUUAGUUACAGUAAUUGUUAAGCAGAGAAUCAUACUCAGUAUUCUUUAUUACACUAAUGUGAUUUGAACUAGGCAUCCUAUAACUUUAAU